CUGGAAAGACUGGACUGCAAGUCCAAUCCAACACAAACACAGUCUAAACGUCCCGGCGCCUCAGAAGGAAGAACAGGACUUUUUUAAAUGACUAUUUUAGCCGAAUAAAGUAAAUUGUGUGACCCUGAAUCUGUGAAAGAAGUAUCAGCCAUCCUCGCGCUGCUCUGAAGUCAGACAAGCCUCAAAGUUGGAAGCGCCUGUUUCCCUGAAGAGGACACUGUAACCUGAACAGGUGUCUGCAGCUGGUUUGAGGAUGCUUAUUCAUGAACGUCAGACCUGGAGGUAACCCCACGUUGACUGUGCUGGUCCCCAGCCUUGCACCCAGGAGUGGAGAUGGUCCACUGGACCACACUGUGGGGGACAUGUGCCUGGCUCCAGACCCUGAUAGCCUUUGCCUUGGCCAACUGUUCCUCACUUGCCCCAAGCAAUGUGAACUACUCUGUGGUUUACACCAUGCCAUUUUUCCAGGCCCGGGGCCCCAUCCAGAACAUAGUCAACAACUCCUAUUAUCAGGAGGUGUAUGUUGCUUCUCAGAACGUGAUCGAAGCUGUCAACAGAAGUUUGGAAAAGGUGUGGGAACUUCACACUGGGCCAGUGGGAAGCCCAGAGUGUCAGAUAUGUAACUUGUGCAAUAUUGACAAAGAUCCCAAUUUCCUGGAGGACACCAACAAUCAGGUGUUGCUGUUGGAUACUCUCUUUAUGUAUUUGUACUCUUGUGGAAGUUCUCAGUAUGGUGUGUGCUAUUUUCACCAACUUACCUCAAAUGGAGAGCCUCCGUCUCUUUCCAAGUGUUUGUUUAGGAAGGAUUCAAACUCUGCUGCCUAUUGUCCCGACUGUUUAGCGAGCCCUCUGGGUACCAAAGUGACAAUGGUUGAGGAGGGUCAGACUGUCUAUUUCUUUGUUGCUGCAACUGUCAACGACAGUGUGACACAGCGUUACGGAAGGAAGUCUCUAUCCGUACGUCGACCCCUGGCGACAGAGGAUGGUUUCUACAGGGAUGUGCGUGGCCUUACUGUUCUCCCAGGCUUGCGGAGGACGUACCAUAUAGACUAUGUGUACAGCUUUUUCACUCAGGAGUUUGUCUACUUCCUCUCAGUUCAGAGAGAAAGCCCUGAUCAGAGCUCAUCCCCGUUUCAGACUCGUCUUGGCCGUCUUCCCCGGAAUGAAUGGGAGAUGAAGAGGUAUCGUGAGGUGAUCCUGGAGUGUCGCUUUGAGCCAAAACGCCGUAGAAGGAAUGUUGUCAGCGAACCCUAUAAGGAUGUGGUGUACAAUGUGGUUCAGGCAGCUCAUUUUGGGAAGGCUGGCAGAGAGCUGGCAGAGGAGUUAGGGGCAGAGGAGGAGGAUGACAUCCUCUACGGGGUUUUUGCGGUUACCCAUGACAAUGGGGUCACAGAGCAUGACUCGGCCCUGUGUGCCUUCCCCAUGGACAACGUGAACAAAGCAAUCGUAGAUGGAGUGGAUGACUGCUGUGAGUCUGGACCAGAGCAGCUCUCCAGAGGGCUCUGCCAUUUUCAGCCUUGUGAGAGCUGUCCUCAUGAGAGCAUGGAGAACAAUGCCACAUGCAGAGACCACCCUACCAUGGUGUCAAAGCCGUAUUACCGGGUGGACCUCUUCAACAGGCAGAUGACAGACGUCCUGCUUACAUCCCUGCUGGUCACAACCAUAGAGAACAAAACUGUGGCCCAUAUCGGGACCUCCACUGGGCGUCUGCUGCAGCUUGUGCUGACAAGAUCGAGCCCUGUUAUCUUUGCCAACUACUCUUUGGUUGAGAACCAGAGAGUGUCCUCUAUAGCUGCUGUCUACUCAUCAGAGUAUCUUCUUUUUGUUGUUGGAGACAAGAUGUUCCAGGUUCCCCAAAGAGGGCCAGGCUGUCAACACUUCCUUACCUGUGCCAUGUGUCUGACAGCUCCUAAGUUUAUGGGCUGUGGCUGGUGCUCUGGAGUGUGCUCCUGGAGGAGUGAGUGUCACAGUCACUGGAGGAACGAGUCCUGCCCACCAGGGAUCACUGGGUUCUUUCCGCGGACUGCUCCCCCUGACGGUCAAACAGAGCUCACAGUAUGUGGAUGGGAGUUUCAGUCUCCCUCAAGACCUGCCAUCACCUCCAGAACCCACCAGGUCCGAAUGGGACAGACUGCCUGCACUGUCCUUACAGCCAAAAGCAAUAUCACACACCUGGUGUGCAAGAUUCGCUCUGGGGCCACUGAGCUGUCCAAACCGGUCAACAUUACAGUGGAGGUGCAUGAGGGCAAGGUGGACGGCCGUUACUCUAUUGAUGGAAAGGCAGAAAUGCCAGGAUUCACAUUUGUGAUACCAAACAUCACAGAAAUCCAGCCUAACUACGGGCCUCGUGUUGGGGGAACACUCAUCACAGUGACUGGACCACACUUGGAUGCUGGGAAGACCAGAAGAGUCACUCUAAAUGACGUGCCCUGUCCCAUUAAAAGUGUCACAGAGCCCAAAGGCAAUGUGUCCUCCAUCAUCUGUCUGUCCCAGCAAAUCUCCGAGGUGAGGGAUGUUCCUCUGAGUGUUUUCAUUGACAAGUCUCCUGUCCUCACAACAAAGGUGUUUUACUACAAAGAAAACCCAAAGAUCACAUCCGUCCUACCUGGCUGUAGUUUUGACAGAGGGUCCAAGAUUGUAAUUCAAGGGGAAAACCUGGAUUCUGUGUACCGCACCAUCAUCCGCUUUAAACCCAAUGAGAGCCACUUAAAACCUGUAACAAGGGAGUGCAUUGGCAAGUCCUUGCCUACAAGGAUGGAGUGUUUCUCUCCUGCAUUUCACAGAGAUGAGACAGAGGAAGGAGAGCUUUCUUUUGACAUGGACGGAGCGGUAGGACUCUGGAAAAAAGAGUUCUCCUACCACCCUUAUGGCCGGCCCAUCCCAUUUGAAACAGAGGGACAUGUUUUGAGUUUGUACCCUGGGUUUGAUGAAGUUUCAUUACAUCAUCAGAAGCUGAAUCUGGUGAGCUCCUGUAUGACCAUCAUUAUGACGGUGGCAGGAGUGAACUGUGAUGCUAAAGUCCUGGAUAAUGAGAUCACCUGCAGGAUCCCCAAAAACAUGACCAUCCCCAGUGAAGGGCUGCCAGUGGAGAUCUCCAUCAAUGGACAAAUACACAACGUUGGUGCGGUGGUGAGGGUCAGCAACCACUACAUGGUGGGCAUUGUUCUGGGGAUCCUGGCAGCGCUUGUGGCUGGGGCAGUGCUGGCCUUUGUGGUCAUGAAACACUUGAGGAAGAAGAAGAAAGCCGCCAUGGUAGAAAGCCGUCUGUCUCACAGUGGGAACUGCUCAGUUAGGAAUAACGUGGAGCUGUCACCUGUUGGAGACUACAGGAGAGUAGUAUCCCUGAAUCCUCCCACCCCAUUAGUGGGGCCGGUGGUGUUCCCCAGUCUGGCCUAUGCUGCAGGCAGCAUUGAUCCAGCCCUCACUCCCCUUGUGCCUGCUGAUAAGAUCUCCAUCACCAGCUUUAGACCAGAGCUGCUGGAGGAGGUGAAGGAUGUUCUCAUUCCUGCUGAGAUGCUUCUUGUGCAGCAUCAUCGUAUCAUAGGAAAGGGUCAUUUUGGGACCGUCUAUCACGGCUACUUCACAGACCACAACAACAGAGAAAUCCACUGUGCUGUCAAGUCGUUGAACAGAAUAACAGAUGUUGAGGAGGUGGAGCAGUUUCUAAAAGAGGGCAUCAUAAUGAAGGCUUUCCACCACACUAAUGUGCUGUCUCUGCUGGGCAUCCUCCUGCCGCAGGAAGGGCUCCCUCUAGUGGUUCUACCAUACAUGAAGCAUGGAGACCUGAGGCACUUUAUUCGCUGCGAGAAGAGGAACCCUACUGUAAAGGAUCUGAUUGGGUUCGGGCUGCAGGUCGCCAAAGGGAUGGAGUAUUUGGCUCAGAAGAAAUUUGUGCACAGAGACCUUGCAGCACGUAACUGCAUGCUGGAUGAGUCAUACACAGUCAAAGUGGCAGACUUCGGCAUGGCCAGAGAUGUUUUUGAUAAGGAGUAUUACAGUGUUCAGGAUCACAGGAAAGCCAAGCUGCCUGUCAAAUGGAUGGCCAUUGAGAGUCUGCAGACACAGAAGUUCACCUCCAAGUCUGACGUGUGGUCCUUUGGUGUGCUGAUGUGGGAGAUGCUGACCAGAGGAGCCAGCCCGUAUCCAGAGGUGGACCCUUAUGAUGUCACACAUUAUUUACUGAAGGGCAGAAGACUCCCCCAGCCCCAGUAUUGCCCUGACCCUCUGUACAGCAUCAUGCUUCAGUGCUGGGACCCUGAUCCAGAGUUAAGGCCCAGCUUUGCUACGUUGGUGUUGGCUGUGUCCACCAUCCUGUCCAGCCUGGAGGGAGAACAUUACAUUAGUCUGAAUAUAACCUACGUUAACCUGGACCAACCACGACCCUACCCAGCCCUCACAGAGUCUGCUGAUGAAUAUGACUCCACGGAUGUUGAAGACUCAGGCUCAGUGUCUUCCUGAACCACUCCUCUUCCUCUUUUGACUUUAUAUCAGCCAUUUAGACUGAUCUCAGUGCUAACAGCAAAAGUACAAAAACCCUGUCAGACUGGAACACGGUCUCUCACCAAAAAGCAUCUAAAACAGACAUCAAAAAAUGUUUGUGUUUAGGAAAAUGGUUGUAAGAUGCCUUUAGCUGGCAGAGCAGUCUGUGACUGCAGCAUAAUGAAGGUGAAGUUUGACCUUACAAACUCAGUGAUCUGAACAGCUUUGAACUGACUUUUAUUAUUUAAUGUUUUAUUCACUGACACCAGAUAUCACUGAUGAUGUACAGUGCUUGACAAAUUUAUUAGACCACCCUAACCCUAACCAAAGUAAG